AUUCAAGCUUUAAGCUGUCAAAAAACAGAAAGAGAAAGAGACUGAGAAACAGUUUCAGCCAUGGAAGCACGCUUCAUGACGACGACGACGACGAUACUCACCAUCUUCUCUCUAUUAUUCUCCAACAUUGCAGUGAGAAAGAUAUCUGGAACAACAAUCACUCUCUUCAACAAAUGCACACACCCAGUUUGGCCUGGUAUCCAGCCAGGUGCAACAUCACCAAUCCUAGCCCGUGGUGGAUUUAAACUUCAACCAAACAAGGCCUACUCUCUAAAAAUGCCCGCCGGCUGGUCGGGUCGUUUCUGGGGUCGUCACGGCUGUUCUUUCGAUGCGACCGGUCACGGAAAAUGCGCCACCGGUGACUGUGGCGGUUCACUAUUCUGCAACGGUUUAGGCGGAACACCUCCGGCGACUCUAGCCGAAAUAACUUUGGGCGCCGAUCAAGACUUUUAUGAUGUGAGUUUGGUCGACGGUUAUAAUUUGGCUAUAUCUAUAACGCCUUUUAAGGGGACCGGUCGUUGUACUUAUGCCGGUUGUGUAACGGAUCUGAACGAGAUGUGUCCGGUCGGACUUCAGGUUCGGGGGAAGGAUGGGAGGAGUGUUGUGGCUUGUAAGAGUGCGUGUUCUGCGUUUAAUUCGCCUAGGUAUUGCUGUACCGGGAGCUUCGGUAGUCCUCAGUCGUGUAAGCCGACGGCUUAUUCCAGAAUUUUUAAGACGGCUUGUCCUAGGGCUUAUUCUUAUGCUUAUGAUGACCCGACUAGUAUUUCUACUUGCACCGGUAGCAACUAUUUGGUCACUUUCUGUCCUCACCAUUGAUGACCCGACCCGGUUACCAUUGCUUGCUUCUUCAUUUAUAAUUAUUAAUCUUUUCUGGAAUUUAUAGUUGUAGUAGUGACUGACUGACUCAAGUUAAUGGUAUUAAUUAUUACUGUCUUGUUUGGUUGCCA